AAAAACAAAACUAUGGGUAACUCAAGUUCUCCAAUUCCAAACGAAGCGGGAGAAACUCCAAACUUCCUCGACUUGCACCAUUUUCAAUUGAAAGGUCUCGAAAAAGAAAUCAAAAACAUUUCGGUUUACAAUUACGAAACUGGAAAAACAACAUUGUUGACAUUGAAUCCAACCAAAAAACCACAACUUGUUUUAAUUUCUGAUCAGAAUGUCAAUCUUUCUCUUGAUGCCUGGGUCACAGUUUCCAAUAACAAAAACACCAAAACUAAUUGGACUGGCAGAUUCGAAAUGAAACACAAAAUUCCACGUUUCAACCUCAAAGAUCCAGAUCUUACCAUCACCUUAUUUGAAGAAAUCCACCACAAGAUGGCCAUUCACUUUGAAAGCAAGAAAACCAAAUCCUUAAAUGUUGUUUGUUUCGGAGCUUUAGGAGAUGGAAAGAGCGGACUCCUUAAUAAUAUUGCACAAGCUUUGGGAUGUGAUAAUAUUACAUUUCAAUCGGGACGUUUCUUUGAAGCUACUGAUUCUGAUCACUCUGUUACAAAAUCUUCUGAAGUUGGUGUUAUUCCUAUAAGAAAUGGAGCUGAGAUUCGUUUGUGGAAUGUGCCAGGAUUUUACGAAACUAAACAAAAAGGAGUUGUAGAAAGGGAACCUGCAAAGAAUUAUUUCCAACACUUGUUGAGAGGAUUAAUUCCACCAAAUAGUGGUCCAUUUGAAGGAUGUAAUACUGUUCCAAAUCAAUACGAAGAGGAAUUUCGAAUUCAAUUGGUAAUUUUUACAAUUGACGUGACUCACAUCAAGACACUUGAAGAAUUGAAGCCAUUGUUUGCCAAGUAUACUAAGAUGUGCGUUGAAGAUCACAAGAUUAAUUACAUGUUUGUGUUGACCAAAUUUGACAACUUGUCAGAUCGUUAUUUGGCAUUUGAUGGUGUUGCCUUAUUGUGGAAGGACUCCAAAUUCACAACUGUGGCAGAAAAUGGGCACUUAUUUGCCAACCUUGCAACAAGUCCAGAGUUUACAAAUAUUGAACAGUUAAUUACCCAAACAUUUAAGAAUGGCGUUGUCUUUCCAAUUAUUAAUCGUAGUGAUGAAAAUAGAAAGAAAUUCAUUGAUGAUGAAAGUGGAAUUCUGUCCCUCAUCCAGAAAAAUCAUGUUCUUCGUUUCAUGAAAUAUGCUGUAGAAAUGGGAAUUGAAUCUUCUAAAUGGCAAAACAGAUCUUGAUUUAUACAAGUUUGUACAUUGAAUAUCUAACUCAACUAAUUUUUU